AUGCCGGCGGGAAGUGACGGAUCGUCUGGGACGGAGGUGACAGAGACUGGAGGCAACAUCUCCAGCCAACUGGCUUAUCUGGUUCCAAGUUUUGACCCGAGCAAGGAUGAUUUACAGUUAUACCAACAAAAGGUACAACUGGUGUUCGCAGUGUGGCCACCAUCGAAGGUCUCAGAGCUCAUCACACGCCUAAUUUUAGGCACCACUGGCACCGCCUUCGCCAAACUGCAGCUUCACCAUACGGAGUUGUGCACCAAUGAUGAGAAGGGAAUCAAGAAAUUGAUAGAACUUCUGGGUGGACACUGGGGAAAAACAGGCCUUGAGAGGCGCUAUGCAGAUGCUGAGAAGGCACUUUUCCAAUGCAAUCAACUCAGUGACGAGAGCCACGACAGUUUCCUGGCGCGAGCUGAUGUGUUAUGGACAAAGUUACUGACACAGAAGCUGGAAAUGGAGGACCUUCAAGCAUAUGUGACUCUCCGAGGGUCCCUGCUGUCAGUGGAGGACAAGAAGAGAGUCAUCAUUGACAGUGACAAUUCCCUGGAAGGAAAGUUGACGAUGGUCAAAGUCCGUGAGUCAAUCAGAAUGUUGGGGACCAACUUUUUCCAGGAAAUGACCGGAGUGAAGAAGGGCACCAAGUCCAAGGUGUACGAUCAGUUGCUUUUGGUGACUGAGGACAUGGAGCAUGCAGGAGAUCACGAAGAUCAAGCACAUGUAGCUGGUCAUGAUGAGGUCAUGGAAGAUGAUUUCAUUGAAAAUCUGGCGCAAGAAGGAGAUGAGGACGCAGUCUUCGUGGCAGAUUUUGAGAUGGCUGCUACGGAUGUGAUACAAGGUGAUGAAGAUCUUGCAGCUGCAUACACGACGUACUUGGAGGCUCGUCGAAAGCUGAGCGAGAAAUACAAGGCUCGUGGGUUCUGGCCGAUUUCCAAAGGGAAGUCCAAAGGAUUCAAGGGAAAGUUCAAGGGCAAGUCCAAUUGGACUGGCCGGAAGACGCUGCAACAGCGCAUCCUGGAAAGCAAUUGUAGGAUUUGCGGCCGAAAGGGCCACUGGAAGAGCGAAUGCCCAAAUCGAGGUCAGUCAACAGCCAGUUCGACAACCUCGACAGCGCCCAUCACUCUCUCCAUGGGAGUAUCGUCCAUUCCAGCCAGCGAUGUGAUGUCAGCAGAGUUCAUGAGCCUGCCCGAAGUUGCACCAACCGCACAGGACUCCAAUGGAACACAAGAAUUUUGCUUUGUACAGACCAGUAUUUUAGGGGUUCAGUGUUCCAGUCCGCCGUGCCGUAACAAUGACAAGGAAUCCAUUCUGGAUUUCAAGCCUGCGCCCAGGACAGAGGUGCCGAAGAGCCCAAUGUCCAAAAUCCCUGAUGCAGCCGCUGAGGAGUCCAUCGAAAAGGAGAUCAAGGUUACUCCAGCGAGGGAUGAACAUGCCAUGAUAUCGCCGAGAACUCUGCAGUUCAAGCCAGCAUUCCCAGGGAUUUCCCUGAACGAGUAUCGCAGUGUCAUGGGCGACUGGACCAAGAGACUCCAGCGCUUGCAAUCCGAGAUGCCAGCGGCCGAGACCGAAUCGGUCGAUCACAUGUCCAAGGAGGAUCUCCAGCACGAGAAGGUGACGUUCGGCAAAGCUCACACGGGCAAACGGUUCUCCGAGGUUUGGGAAACAUCCCAAGACUGGGUGAAAUGGUUCCUGAUGCACUAUCAGGACAGCUCCAAGCUCGAGCACAAGAAGAUGAUCCGGUACAUCAAGUUGAAGAUCGAGGAGGGAGAGGCACAUGGAUCUGGGGGCCCCACGCCCUCGUGUCGUCCAAAGCCAAAGCCAGCACCGAAGUCGCUGGCAACGGCCAGCCGGACCGGGCCACCGCCUCACCCGGAUGCCAUGCCGGAAGAGCCUGGAGAGAACCCAGAGGUGAAGACCUUGGAAAACCGCAUGACCAACCUCGAGAAUGCCCUGCACCAGAUCCUUGUGUAUCUGACGCCGAACACCGCCGGUGCUCCAGUCCCAUCGAACCUGGGAGAAGAGUCUCCGGAACUCCCUCUGGUUGCGGAAUGGGAAGAUCCAUGGGAGGAGAAACCAGUAGGCGCAAUAGCCGAUCCUGCCUUAAUUGCUUUAGACCAAUGGUUCCAGAUCAGCAGUGCAUUUGCCGUGGAUGCUCGUUUGCCGAAGCGUGCCAAACUGUCGGGGCCCCGACAGUCCAAGGCCAAAUCCGCAGACAGAUCACUCAGCCAGCAACUGAAUGUCAAGCGAUGCAAGACCCAGAAAUCAGACAUCACCAGGGAGCACCCCACAGAUCAGGUUAUCCUUUCCAAAGAAAUCGAGGACAAAGCCAUCCAAAUCAUGCAGACAGUUGUAGGCAGAGAAGAUCUGAAGAAGGAUGCCGUAGAGUCAGAAGAUGUUCAAAAGUCAGAAGAUCAGAUGAAGCCGAACCUCACUGAAGAGAUGCCACCCUCUGAAAGCCCAGUACCGACAGAUCCAGAUGGCAGUCCAGCCAGAGGCAACCGAUUUCUGGCGCUGCCGAAAGAAGAACAAGCCAUGUUGCGGAGAGCUUUGGAACAUGUCCGUCCAGUGUGUUCCGCAGAGGUGAGCCAGAUACCCCAAGAGGAAGCGUUCAUCCAACGCCAAUUCAGCUUGAAGUGCCGCAGGCCGACCGGAUAUCGCUGUGGGAUCAGCGUGGUCAAAAGAAGCUUGCGAGGCAGCAGCUUGGAACUUGUUGUGACAGGUGUCACUUUGGAGGAGAAUCUGCCGUUGCCAUGGAGUGAUGCUCAGCAUGGCUGGGGAGAUGAGUGCUGGAAUCUCGGCACUUUUACCGCGCACCCGGUCCCCGAGGGGAAGGAUGAUGACAAGAUCCAUGUCAUCUCGGGAGAGGACGUCGCUCCCUGGCGCACCUUUGAUGAUUGCUGCGGCGCCUGGAAAUUUCCUCAUGGUCUGAUGCAGUUCCUGAAAGACGCCGGGUUCAAGGCGCCUACACCCAUUCAAGCCUACACAUGGCCUGUGCUCAUGAACGGUAAGGAUGUGAUUGGUGUAGCAAAGACAGGAAGCGGCAAGACCUUAGGAUAUUUGCUGCCAGGGUACAUCAAAGUCAAGCGCAACGAGGGCAAAGGCUUGCGAUGUGACAAUGGCCCUGCCAUGCUGGUAAUGGCUCCCACCAGAGAGCUUUGUCAACAGAUCUAUGAGGAAAGUGAUCGCUUCGGUAAGCCUGCGAUGAUUGGCACGGCUUGUGUCUACGGCGGCGCACCGAAGAGAGAUCAGCAAAAACAGCUGCGGAGCCAGCCGCAGUGCGUGGCAGCGACCCCGGGACGUCUCAACGAUUUCCUGCGGGAGGGCACCAUCAAUCUGAGUGUUUGCGACUACCUGGUCCUAGAUGAGGCUUGGCCUUGGUUGGACAUGGGCUUUGAGCCGCAGAUUCAGGAGCUCGCCCGCUAUCUGCCACAAGUUCGUCAGACGGCGCUGUACACCGCCACUUGGCCCCCAGAGGUGAAAGCGAUUGCAAGGCAGCUGACCCAGGAUCCAACCCACAUCCAGGUGGGCAGUGAAGACAAUGCAAGUGCCAAUGCCGACAUCACCCAGCACAUUGUUGGAGUCUUAGACGUUUUGAAAGUGAGAGUUCGGAACGAACGAGACAAGAUGACUUUCUUGGAGCAAGACAUCUUCCCAAAAUUGCAGAAGACAGGUGGCGCUGCUUUGGUCUUUGUGAAGACCAAGAAGGCUGCCACAGGACUCUAUCAGACGCUCUCCCGCGCUGGGGCUCCCAUUGUUCAGCUGCACGGAGAUAUGGAUCAAAACCAGCGAGAUCAUGCUCUCCAUGCCUUUAAGCAGGGAAAAGCCAAGGUUUUGGUUGCAACCGAUGUGGCUCAGAGAGGUUUGGACAUCAAAAAUGUCCAGUUCGUUGUGAACUAUGACGCGCCUGCCAACAUGGAGGACUAUGUGCACAGAAUCGGCCGUACAGGCCGCGCAGGUGAAAAAGGUGAUGCCUACACCUGUCUGUAUGAGUCAGAGAACGCGAUUGCCAAGGGAAUCCAAACGAUGUUUAUCAAAUCUGGUCAGGAAAUCCCCGCCGACCUCAAGGACAUCGCCCGAGGCAGUGUGAGCGCUGAAUGGGGACGCUUGGACUUGCAAGAGGUGGCGGAGGUGGCGGAGGCAACCUCAACGGACAAUGGGGUGGAAAGUAUGCCCAAGGUAAUGACUCUUACACCGGUGGCUACGAUCCCAGUGGUGGUUGCCAACUCAGGGGAGAUCGACACGGGACGCUGGUCCCGUGGUGAUCCGUCGUGUACACAACACCUCUAUGAGUUUUGGGCCAUGAACCGGGCCUUUGUUGCCUCGGGUGCCACGCACCCCUUUUCCACAGACGACCAACAGACGUCGUCCUUCGCCGCGCCGGUGCGUCCGGGGUUGCUACGCGGCCUGCUGGUCAUGGUGAUCAGGCCGCUCGCUGACCCUUUCUCAACGGGACAUAUCCAUCAAAACAGUGCAGCAAAAAUUAAGCUCCAUGAUAUGAUACGACAUAUAUGCAGAAUGACAUAUAUGUCGAUAUACCUCAUAUGGUGGGGAGCUGGUCACAGGGGGUGUCAAGAACAGAUAAAUCAGUGUGGUCUGCUGUGUUCCUGCUUGUCAGAAAGGGGCAGGAGCAGACCGGAGCAGACUGGGGAGGCCGAGAACCUCCCAAAACGGGAGCCUCCAUUUUGA